ACGAAUCGGCUGUUCUCGGCAAAGUUCGUAUCACUCUCGGAAACUGAGACCGAAAUCAAGGAUGGAGGAAGAGGCUCGCAAGCUUCUCGAAGAAGGAAUUAGAAAGAAAUUGCUUAGUCCCGGUAAAGGAGAGCUGCCGACCUUUCCUAAUGGAACAAAGGUAAAACUACAGUGCCUGUAGGUGGGUGAGACGAGUCUAGUCCUCCGAAUCGGAUUAAGAAAUGCGACAAAAGCUGUUAGCUAAUGCUACCACCAUCGGCGGCUGGCAUACUUCAACCCGUUGUGGUGGUGCCAAAAACAUUGCGCUUAUGUACAGACAUUAACAAAUGUGUUGGAGGUUUUCUACCUCAGCGGUCGUUUCAUUUUUGUUGAAUUUAAAGAGCUUCUUGUAGCCAGUUAGCGAGUUUUCAUCUAGCCUGUUUUUUAUCUGAUGGAAACAGACAGGGGGCGGGACAGGAUGGCUACGUUUAUAAUAGCUGAUUGGCCAUUCCGAAAUGUCAAUCAAUCGUUCAUAUUUUUGAUUGGUUAGAAUUUCUGAUAGCCUGUAGAGCAGAACGGGUUCGUCAAAGAGAUGCACAAUGCUCUUUUGUUUCUAGCAAACGGUCUUAAAGAUGGAUGUUAGCAGAGAGGUAGUUUUCAUUGGGUGAUUCUGUGGAAAAGUGUGUGAUGUUGUCUUGUAUGUGCUUUACAGGUGGUCUUUCACUUUCGCACCAGCCUGUGUAAUGGCACUGUGCUGGAUGAUUCAAGGACCAUGGGGGGUCGUUGCAAACCCAUGGAGCUCAUCCUGGGCAAGAAGUUCAAACUAGCUGUGUGGGAAAGAGUGAUAAUCACCAUGAGACCAGGAGAAGUGUCAGAAUUUACCUGCGACACUAAGGUUGGUUUCCUGUUUGAUGUGACUUUGAGUAAGCUGCAGAUUUGUUGUUUUGCGAAUUGACCAUUUCUGUUUUCACCUUUCAGCACACAGCUCUGUAUCCGCUCGUGUCCCAGUCGCUUAGAAACAUCAGUGCUGGUAAGGAUCCCCUUGAAGGGCAGAGACAUUGCUGUGGUAUUGCCCAGAUCCACUCUCAUCACUCUUUGGGACACAAGGACCUUGAUCAGCUUCAAGCCAGUCCACAACCUCUCCUCUACACUCUCGAGCUGUUAGAGGUAAGAAGGCAGAACAGGUUUACAUUUUGAUUUUCAUAUACGAAACAAAUAAAAUAUGAUUAAAGAGUUUUAUGAAUCCUUCUUUAACACAGCAAAGCAAAAUCAAAUGUCAUGCCUUCCUCUUAAAUACUUUUCUGAGUGGGGAAAUUUUAACUUUCUUUGGGUUCAAUCCAAACAGCUCUUGAUCCUUAGUUUCUUUCUCAUCUCAGGUUUUGCCUCCAGGAUCAUUCCAGCUCGAUGUCUGGGCAAUGACAGAUGAAGAGAAACUGCAAUUCGUGCCUCAGAUCCACGAAGAGGGCAACAGGCUUUUCAAGCAGGGCCAAAUCAAGGAAGCCACAGACAAGUAUUACAACGGCAUUGCCUGCUUGAAAAACUUACAGAUGAAGGUUAGAUUGCAAAUUGACAAAAAAGAAGGUGCACAAGAGUUUUUUUGUUUUCCCUGUGGUAUCAACUUAAACUUGUGCGAACAAUGUCUUUCUUUAUAGGAGCACCCUGGAGAUGAAGUAUGGGUAAAGUUGGACCAUAUGAUCACACCACUGCUUCUUAACUACUGUCAGUGCAAACUGUUGCAGGGCCAGUACUACGAAGUCAUCGAACACUGCACGUCCUUGGUCUUCAAGUAUGAAGGUAGGGCUUUCAGGGCUCGACAGUGCGACCGUUUCACUCGCAUUUACGACUAAAAAUAGAUGUGCGCGAUUUGUAAAAUGUAUUUAAGGGCACAUGUGCUCAUAAAAAAAAAUCAGCCAAGGCAACAAAUGUUUUUUCAUUUAAAUACUGCAGUGAAGUUAGUUUUAGGUUAGAUAUUCAACGGACAUUUACUGUGGAUCUACCGGUGUCUUCUCACUCUCCCUAACCGGGAAUAGCAACAGCAGUGCGGUUAAAUCUACUCGGCAUCCUUGAUGUCAAUGUCGGGUGUUGAAUAAGGGACCAUCAAUAAAUUACCUGUUGAUGUCCUCAAAAAAGGCUGUUUUCCUUCAAUAGCUCCCGUGUCAUGUGACCAUGUCAAAUAAUAGUACUCAUGUCGACCAGUAAGACAAACAUUAUUUGAUCAAUUUUCAUUGUGGCCCUAAAGUUCUUUGUGUGCUCCUUACUUUUUCAAUUCAGGAGCACAUGUGCUCCUAAAUUGAAAAAGUUAGUGUUGAGCCCUGGCUUUGCAAUUGCAGACUAAAUGAAACACUUUCAUUUGAUCAUAAAUCCUUAAGUUUCCAGUACUACUCCCUAUGAUUCUGUCAGACUGACACACUUUCAAUCAUGCGGUUCCUAUUUAUUUGAUUAUGUAAGCUUUUUUAGCACUAUUUUUUCACCUAUUUGAAAUCUCUUAAAAUCUUUUUUGGGUGGGCUUGACUGUUGCCGUUAAUAAAAUGUUAUUUAUUAUCGUAUGAAGUUUUUCACAAGGCCUUUUCCCAGUUUUCAGAAUUCCUGCUUUAUUUCCCUCCUUUUCUCCCUCACAGAUAAUGUGAAGGCCUUCUACAAGCGAGCGAAGGCCCAUGCUGCGGUGUGGAAUGAGGCAGAGGCUCGGGCAGACUUUGCAAAGGUGUUGGAGCUGGACCCCUCUCUGGAACUGUCUGUUGCCAAGGAGCUGAGAGCCAUGGAGGAGAGGAUCCGCUCCAAAGAAAAAGAGGAGAAGGGUCGCUACAAAGGCCUAUUCAACACACCACCUGCCACUGCCACUACGGUUUGUCUGGUUUUUCUUUUUUUUCUAGUUUUGUUGCUUCUUCUAUCUGACGCCAGAUAUUCAAUUUGAAAUUGUUUGGUGAAAGUCAAGUACUAGAAAGUCAAAGGAAUGUGUGCUCUCUUUCUUCCUCCUUACAGGGUUGAAUGUCACCGUGGGAUGAAAUAAAAGGAUGUCUGUUAAUUUCAAGAUGGAGGGGAAACAGUACACGCUGCUGCUGUUCCGGUUUUAUCCAUGCACCAAAGCCUAACACCUCUGCCACCCUGUACUCUAUGAUUAUAUUGAAACCUUCCCUCACUGUCAGGUUAUUUACACAACGCACCAGCAAGUCCAGCAUGAAUGCCAAUCCUGGUUUUUCUGCCUUAUGUCACGGUUCAGACUCGCUCUAAAAAUGUUUAUCAAAGAAUUUAUGUAAACACAUGUAACAUCAUAAGAUUGAUUUUAUUGAGUUAUUAACCCUUGAAAACAUGAGCCAUGUCUGGCUGGCAGCAUGAUGAACCUCAAGCGUCAUUGUCUGCCUUAGCUCUGGAAUCCCCUUUUUUUUUUAACAAGGCAUGUUCAGAAAGUCUUUUGGUCGGUUAGAUACUCAGAGUAAUGUUCUGCAUAAUGAAUGUUAGUCCAGGCAUCAUUAUUCAUUUGAACUGCUGCAGUAAGAUUUUGGGGGUUUUCUCGAAUAAUGAAUUUGUCAUUUUAUAGUGACUGAAUAUUUAGCAAACACACUUUUACCACUGUAUUAUAGAAGUUAGAGCAUUUAUGUUAUACUGCUUCCUCUGAAGUAUGUAUAUUCCUGAAAUUAUUAACAAUCAUAACCAAAAAUGGAGGGAAUCUAUACAGAAAUGCCUCAUUUUCACAAGUUUUUUUUUUCUCCCCCUUUUUGCUAAAAUUCGUAUAUACACCUCUGCCUUGCACCAUCAAACUCCCUUUCCCGUCUUGGUCACAACAGAGGCUCUGGAAUACUCAGUAGACCAUUGUCCCCUCCUGAGAGACGUGGCCAGGACACGACACUGUCUGUGACAAUCAUUGUACAACACACAUGGGCUUGUGUUACUCGGUGUUUUACUUUGUACUUAUUUCGUACAUGAAAGACACGCUAUUAAGUUUUUUUUGUUCGUCCAGCAAAUCCCUCAGUGGCUCCUUUACUAGCUUAUAAAGAGCAUCUUGUUACUCUUCAUGCACAGCAGCAGGUCUGUAGUCCAGCCUGUGUAAAGUGAGAUAGUGCUGAGGUUGUGAUUAUCUAAGUGACAAUAAAUGUGUUAAUCCCCACAGUUGUAUUGUG